UUCAGACUUGUAAAUUAUGGCACUUCGCGUUGACUAUGAGGGGAGCAAUGAUGUAGGAGUAUUUUGCACUUUAACAAACAGUUAUUGCCUUGUCGGCAUCGGCGGCACACAGAAUUUCUACAGCACAGUAGAGGCUGAAUUGGCAGAUGUUAUCCCUGUUGUUCAUUCAUCAAUUUCGUCUACUCGUAUUGUUGGUCGGGUCACUGUGGGAAACCGUCAUGGUUUGCUAGUGCCGAAUGGUACCACCGACCAAGAGUUGCAGCAUCUGAGGAACUCACUACCAGACGAGGUAAGGGUGCGACGGGUUGAUGAACGGCUUUCUGCCCUUGGAAAUGUCAUUGCAUGCAAUGAUCACGUAGCAAUAGUGCACGCAGAAAUUAGUCAAGAAACAGAGGAGGCUCUUGUCGAUACGCUCAAGGUCGAAGUCUUUCGUGUUAGUCUUGGACAAAAUGCUCUCGUGGGAUCAUACUCCGCUCUUUCUUCGCAAGGGUGCUUGGUAGCGGCACGCACUCCCCCAGAAACUCAACGAGAGCUAGCUGCCUUGUUGCAAGUGCCAGUCGUUGCUGGUACAGUGAAUCGCGGCUCCGAGUUGAUUGGAGCUGGAAUGUGUGUGAAUGAUUGGGUCGCUUUUUGCGGUCUGGACACCACAUCCACGGAAUUAUCAGUUGUUGAGUCAAUUUUCAAGCUUGGCGAUCACGGUCAGCCAGCUGCAAUCAGUACACAACUCAGAGAUACUCUUAUUGAAAGUCUGUUGUAAAUUUGUUGUUGUAUUGUGUUAUUGUUUGCUGUUUUCUUUGUUACAUUGUCGUGAUGAGAGAUCUUGUUUAAUACUAUCAAUAAAUGGAGC